AUGGGUAAGUCGUCCAAGGACAAGCGCGAUGCGUACUACCGUCUUGCUAAGGAGCAGAAUUGGCGCGCCCGGUCCGCCUUCAAAUUGAUCCAAAUCGACGAACAAUUCGACCUUUUCGAGCACGAGAACCCGGAGAAAGUGACAAGAGUGGUGGACCUUUGUGCUGCGCCAGGAAGUUGGAGUCAAGUCCUCAGUCGAGUCUUAAUCAAAGGCGAGAGUUUCGGCCGGAGGGCAUGGCUUGAAAAGAAGCGGAAGGAGCAGCAGGCCUUGGAGAGGGGCUCUGGUCAGCCUGCAACCGACAAGGAUGCCGACGAUUACUAUGAAAUUGGAGAGGCCGAUCCUAGCGCGGAAUUGAAGCCCCGAAAGAACGUGAAAAUCGUGUCGAUCGACUUGCAACCUAUGGCCCCGCUCGAGGGCAUUACCACUCUCAAAGCUGAUAUUACACACCCCUCCACCAUCCCUCUGCUUCUGCGCGCAUUGGACCCCGAAGCUUAUGAGUCCUCGUCAACCACCUCCGAUUCACCAUCAAAUACCCCUGCGCCUAUGCGGCAACCACACCCAGUCGAUCUAGUCAUUUCCGACGGUGCGCCAGAUGUCACCGGUCUUCACGAUCUCGACAUUUACAUUCAAUCCCAACUUCUUUAUGCAGCUCUCAACCUUGCUAUGGGUGUCCUUCGUCCAGGCGGUAAAUUCGUCGCCAAGAUCUUCCGUGCUCGUGACGUUGACCUUCUCUACGCCCAGCUGCGCACCGUCUUUGAGCGUGUCAGCGUUGCCAAGCCUCGGAGUAGUCGUGCUAGCAGUUUAGAAGCAUUUGUUGUCUGCGAGGGUUUCAUCCCGCCUGCCAAUAGUGACGGAGUCAUUGGAAUGGCGGCAUUGAAGAACCCUCUUUUCGGCGGUGCUGCGGCACCAAGACCCGUUUCAGAGGACGGCGACCUUGCUGUUGAGGUGCCCGACGAAGACGAGAACGUUCAGUCCCAUACAGCCCUGGGGAAAGCCUCAUCGGAUGACGACAAGAUGUCUGCUCCAAAUCAUGCAACACAAACCAACUUCCUGCACCCCAAUUCCACGCCGAUGGAUCCCCCAUCAACACAGAAGCCGCCCUCUAAGUUCGCUGAGGAAAACCGGUGGAUUCCUUCGUUCAUUGCUUGUGGUGAUCUCUCUGCUUGGGAUUCCGAUGCAUCCUAUGCUCUUCCCCCGGACUACGUCCAUCUGGACCCUGUUCAACCCCCGACUGCGCCACCGUACCGCAAGGCUUUGGAGUUGAGGAAGAAACUCGGUGGUGCUUAUGGCAAGACUAAAUAUUUCAAGCUAAACAAGGCAGCCCAAGCAUGA